AUGAAGACGAAGAGUGGUAAAAUCGCAAGGAGGACGCGUCGACGGAAGGUCCCGGCGACCGGAAUCGGCGACGACAGGCUGAGCUCACUGCCAGACGAAAUCAUCACCCACAUCCUCUCUUACCUGCAAACCAAGUACGCCGUCGUCACCGCAGUCCUGAGCCGACGGUGGAAGGAUCUAUGGACUAGGGUUUCCAGCCUCGAUUUCGACAACCGCUCGGUUUACAAGCCUCUGUGCUGGAACGUCGCCUCGCCCGCGCUGGUACCUGUUUCAGAGAUUCCAAGGAAGCGAGACAUGGAAUUCCGCCGCUUCGUUGACCGGGUUCUCAGCCGGCACGAGAAUCUCGAUUCUCUGAGCCGCUUCCGCUUCCAUUUUUCAGCAGCGCCGCGAGACUGGAAAAUAAUGCCUGGUUUAGGGCUCAACCGCUUCCAUUUUUCAGCAGCGCCGCGAGAGUGGAAGGUAAUGCCUGAUUUUGCGUUUAGCACGGAUUCUCUGGUUGAGGAAAUUGAUGUUAUGAUUUCUGGGGAAACAGAAUUCGAGCUUCCCCGGUCUAUGUUCUGCACUUCGAAGAAUCUGAAAGUGGUGAAGCUUGAAGGGGUUAUACUGAGUGCAGCAAAAGGGUCCUUUUCGCUUCCUGGACUAAAGAUUUUACAGCUCCGUGGAGUAGAAACUGAGGAUUGCGAGUCAUUAAGCAAUUUUGUUUCUGGUUCCCAUGUUCUAGAGACUGUUCAUCUGGAGAAUUGCUACUCCAGGAAUGAGGGACGUAUGCUCAUGCGUUCGUUACCAUCAUUGAAGAACCUCAAGAUCAUCUGUGGGUAUGCCGUCCUCGAGGAUCGUAAUCUUCGGGAGUUUCCAGGGUUGAUGUUUCUGGGCAGUGUACCAUUGCCAUGCCUUCAUUCAGCAUAUGUUGAUGUUAGCAUGUAUCGAAGCUCGGAUUAUUCCCUGAUCGGGCUCCUCACUGCAAUCUCCACUGCAAAGAAACUUCACUUAUCUGGGGAGACUCUUAGUCUUCUGUCAUCAGGUACUGCUGUUCCAUUGCCUAUCUUCCCCAAUUUGACACAUUUGACAAUCGGAACUGGGGGGCGAAGCUGGGUUCUGCACUCCUUGCUCCACUCGGCUUCCAAAUUACGAUCUCUUGUCAUUGACAUGGGGCAUCCCAUUAGAGCAAUGAAGUGGGAGAGAUUAGACACGGUUUGCGUGCCCUCGUGUUUGUCGUUAAGCCUCGAGGAAAUCAAGAUCAAGGAUCUAGUAGCAGACGAAGGUGGGAUGAAAAUGAUAGCGUAUUUGUUCGAGGCGGGAGUUGCUCUGAAGAAGGUGAGUAUGCACGUAUAUGAAGGUCUUGUUAACACAAGAAGCCACAAAGGCCUUGUGUCGCUUCUUAAUCUACCAAGAGGAUCGAGUUCUUGUGAAGCUCGUCUUUUACUUCCCGACAACAGAGAGGUAGACAUCGACAGCUACCAUGAGACCAACACUAACGAGUACAUGGACGAUGAUGACUUCUGGCAAUAG